AUGGCGGAACCUAAAGGAAGUGCGCCGACCGAGGAAAAGUCGGAUGUGGCUUCACCGUCUGAAGAGACGAAAUCUGAGAUUAAAACACCAACUACACCCACCCGUGAUUCCUCCUCAGCAGUCCAAUCGCCUCAAAGUCCACUUCCACAAAGAAAGCCGUCUACAAUAGAAAGAUCAAAUACGGCUGACUCUUCUCAAGAAGCGUCCUCCUCCCGGACGUCAGGAUCUCGUCGUAGAUCAUCUUCAAGAAAGGCUUCUAUCAUAUAUCCAUCAGCACUUCCUGACUCAUCAAGAUCAUUACGCAAAUUUAGCGUUCCAGCCUCCAAUUCUCGAAAAGUAUCUAGGGGAUGGGUGGGAGGAGAAGUGCCUAUAGCACUUCAACCGAAAGCUUCACCAAAUUCAAGCAUAUCAUCAACAUCCAGCAUACCGGAAAUUCCUAUGAAAUUCCAGUCCAUAGAUCUUGAACGAGAGCUUCCAGAAAUAUUUUCGUAA